GAAUAAAUAUAUUCAUUCCAUCACACUCCAAUUAUCAUCUAUCAUCUUGGAAGACACAUUUUAUUUUUCUAUUCUAAUAAUAGAAUAAAGCAGCUGCUCCCCAUUCUCUUCAAUUUUAUUUAUGUGUUUCACCAUCCAAACACUCCACUAGCAAUGAACUCCAUGGAUAUUGACUUAACCGCAUCUUCCAACUGGGUUUUUGAUUAUGAUUUGAUGGACGAUAUUCAUUUCCCGGCGCCGCCCACCGUCGCCUUCACCUGGCCUAAUCCCACCGUCAAUUCUUCUUCCAACUCAAGUGCGGAAAUAGACAGCUUGAUUCUGGGUUCUCAAGGACACAAGGAAUUGGAAUCUCGAAAACGGGCGAGACCAGACUCACUUAAUGCAUCUGGCUCCAAAGCAUGCCGGGAGAAAAUGCGGAGAGAUAAACUGAAUGAAAGGUUCCUGGAAUUGAGUUCCAUCCUUGAGCCUGGAAGGCCACCUAAAACUGACAAGGCUGCUAUUCUGAAUGACGCUGUUCGGAUGUUGACACAGCUAAGGAAUGAAGCUAAUGCACUUAAGGAAUCUAAUGAGGAACUGCAGGAGAAGAUUAAAGAUUUAAAGGUUGAGAAGCAUGAGCUCCGUGAUGAGAAGCAGAAGAUAAAGGCAGACAAAGAGAAGCUGGAGCAGCAAAUCAAAGCCUUCAGUGCCCAACCAGCCUUUUUACCUCAUCCCUCUACAUUGCGAGCUGCAUAUUCUGCACAACAAGGACAAGCUGAAGGAAACAAGUUAAUGUCCUUUGUUGGCUACCCUGGUGUUGCAAUGUGGCAAUUUAUGCCACCAGCUGUAGUAGACACCACACAGGAUCAUGUUCUCCGUCCACCGGUUGCCUAAGUUGGAGGGCUCGUUCAAACAUCCAUCUCCCCAAGGAUUGUUCACUACCGAUAUUAUUAUAAUUAACUUAUAAUUAUGCAUCUGUUCUUCAAUGUGCCUGGUUCUGAAGUCCAAGAACCUUGUGUAUCUGAACAUAUUGACAUUAUUUGAGGCAACUGGUAUUUGAUAUUUGCAUGUAUUAUAGAAUAAGAAACGUAACGUUGGCGCUGUUGCCUUGUGGUCAACUACUUCAGUUGAGCAAAUGCAUUAGUGAAAAAUACAUUGAUCACUGUA